AUGAAUCCCAUGACGCAGCUGUACUACAAAAAGGCGACGUAUUCGCCGUACAGGGACAGGAUUCCUCUGCAGAUCGUCCGCGCUGAAGUGGAGCUGUCUGCAGAAGAGAAGGCCUACCUCACCGCUGUGGAGAAAGGGGACUAUGCAGGGGUGAAGCACGCCCUUCGGGAGGCGGAGGUGUACUACAACAUGGACGUGAACUGCCUGGACCCUCUCGGCCGCAGUGCGCUGCUCAUCGCCAUCGAGAACGAGAACCUGGAGAUCAUGGAGCUGCUGCUGGACCACGGCAUCCACACGGGAGACGCUCUGCUCUACGCCAUCAGGAAGGAGGUGGUGGGCGCCGUGGAGCUGCUGCUGUCGCACCGCCGGCCCAGCGGAGAGAAACAGAUGCCGUCUCUGAUGAUGGACAGUCAGUUCUCUGAGUUCACUCCGGACAUCACUCCCAUCAUGCUCGCUGCUCACACCAACAACUACGAGAUCAUCAAACUCCUGGUGCAGAGAAAGGUCACCAUCCCCAGACCGCACCAGAUCCGGUGUGACUGUGUCGAGUGCGUCUCCAGUUCAGAGGUGGACAGUUUGCGACACUCCAGGUCGAGGUUGAACAUCUACAAAGCGCUGGCGUCUCCGUCUCUCAUCGCUCUGUCCAGUGAAGACCCCAUCCUCACGGCCUUCAGACUCGGCUGGGAGCUCAAGGAACUCAGCAAAGUGGAGAACGAGUUUCGUCAGGAGUACGAGGAGCUGUCGCAGCAGUGCAAACGCUUCGCCAAAGACCUGCUGGACCAGGCACGCAGCUCCAGAGAACUCGAGACCAUCCUGAACCACCGCGACAACGACCAGAGCGAAGAGCUGGACCCUCGACAGUGCCACGACCUCGCCAAGCUCAAGCUCGCCAUCAAGUACCACCAGAAAGAGGUAGGACAUGGUACCAUUAAGUACCAACAGAAAGAGGUAGAACAUGGUGCCAUUAAGUACCACCAGAAAGAGGUAGGACAUGGUGCCACCAAGUACCGCUUAGAGUAG